CAGGAUUGAUGAAGGAGUGGUUUCUCUUUCCGACCGCUGCUUCACUCAAAGCUGAGGAAGAAGAAGAAGAAGAAGAAGCUAUUUCACUCAGCUUUACAAACGAACCAUGCGCCUUCACACACAGCGUGUUUGAGGAAUGAGAGACAGAGUCGGAUCUUCUGCUUUGUGUUGUUCUGACUUCACUGCUGGGAUGUGCCGUGAUUGAAAGAUCUGCCCUGCUGUUACACACACUCAUCGUGGGAUCACACACACACACACACACACACACACACACACACUCUCACUCUCGUCUCAGCAUGCUGGCUCUCCUGUUGUGUGCUCUGCUGGCUCUUCACGCUGACGCUCUUGACGUCCGUGUCCCAGAAUCCCCUGCGGUGGCUCUGUUCGGGUCGGACACCGUCCUCAACUGCUCUUUCUCGGCCGUCUCAGAGUUUAAUCUGUCUGAUUUGAGCGUGUUCUGGCAGCUCUCGGACACCAAGCGUGCCGUUCACAGCUUCUGGCAGAGCCGCGAUCAGCUGAGCGAUCAGGAGGAGCGCUUCUCCAACCGCACCAGCCUGUUCCCAGAUCAGCUUGUGUCCGGAAACGUCUCACUGCUGCUGAGGAGAGUGCGUGUGGCGGAUGAGGGAAGCUACUCGUGUUUCGUCAGGGUUCAGACGUACGGCAGCGCAGCCAUGCUGAUGCAAGUCGCAGGCGGUCUCGGGCUCCCUGCGUGUGUGCGCUCGAGGGACGACGGCGCUGAUUUCUUCAUCACCCCAACACAAACACUUUACGAGCGGCCCGUUUCCCAGAAGCCUCCCCGCCUGUGGUGUGGCGUCCCUGCUGAGCUUCAGGACCAUCUGAAUCAGGGGACUUUUUUCAGUGUUCUCCUGUUCAGCGUGAAGAGCGUCCUGACGGUGAUCCUGGAGCCCAGCAGCACUUACAGCUGCAGACUGAGCCAGCCGCUGCUGGGAGAAGAAGCACAGGCGUCUGUCACCAUCAGCGCUCAGGGUCUGGUGUUUCCUCCGCUGGCGCUCUGGCUGACCGUGGCUCUGGCUGUGUGUUUGCUGGCUCUACUGGUCGCUCUGGCCGCCGUCUGCCGCAGGAAGAUCAAAGAGAGCUGUGAGGAGAUGAGAGCCGAGGAAGAAGCGAAAGAACUCGAGGAAGCCAAAGAAUUAGAAGAAGCCAAAUCAGGUCGAGGCCGGACCAUCAGUGAUUGACAUGAGCAGAAACCUUCCGUCCGAUCCAGCAUCAUUUCAUAAGGGAUUCACACGCACGUGUUUCACGCACAGAUAGUACAACUUUACAUUUUGCCGUUUCACUUCAUUGAUUAAAGCUCCUCUUUCACAUUCCCUGCUCGUUCCUAAACACCGUCAGAAGCGAUAAACUCAUCCCGUCCUCGCGUGUUUCUCGUCCGUGUUAAAGGGAAAUCAUCUUGAGGAGCAUUGGGUCUGACACCAGCGCCGCAUCAGGACAGAUGCUCGGACCUAAUGGAAAGUGAGUAGCUUAAGAAAGCAGCGGCGAAGCGUCAGCGGUGCUCGCUUUUCCCACCCGCCCCGUCUCAGCCUAAUUAAUGCCUGCCCAAGAACUAACUUGUAGCUGUCAGCGUCUGCCGGCUCCGCAGAAAUCCAAUAACUUCAGCCAGCAAUUUAUGUGGAACACCAGCGAAGCUCCAGCAAACUCCAAAUGGUGCAUUCAACUCCACUGCAUUUUGAAAUCCUGUUUGUUUUUUUUUAUAAGUUGUCAGGUACUUUGAAUAUUGCAUAUAUUGGAAUUUGAAAUGUGUCAAAAUAAUCAGAGGCCUUACUGCAAACAUGUUGUGCCUGUCUUUUAUUACAUAUAGAAAUAAAAAUGGU